AUGGACUCAAGCGGUGGUCAACGCUUUCUGGUGGACCGUAUUUUGUACCACCGCGACCUCGUCCGCUGGCGUGACCAUCCACCGGCCUGGGACAGCUGGGAGCCUCGUGCCCAGCUGAUUGUUGAUGGUCCUGGGUCUCGUCGAGCAAUAAGACGAGACCCAACGGCUGCGUUUGAAGAAGGGCCGUCGGAAAACGACCUCCUAGAACGCGAGUACAGGAAUUGCAAAGUGUCAAUUCCUUCGGCCAUCUUAGAGAAAGAUCGCGCCCUUCAGUAG